UAGUUUACUGGUUUACCGGCUGGUUGGCUGGUUUAUUUACUGGUUGGUUUACUGGUUGGCUGGUGGUUUAUUUACUGGUUGGUUUACUGGUCGGCUGGCUGGUUGCAUUACUGGUUUAUUUACUGGUUGGUUCGCUGAUCUGUCACCUCUGUCGUCAACAUUGUGACUAUUUUGAGAAUAAUUUGUAGAUCUUGAUGGAAAGGUCAGACAUGUAUCCAUGACUGUGUGUCUGGUUGGAUUUAAAGGUUGUGUUGAUGUUUUAGUUGUCUCUGUGUCAGACGACUCCCACUGAAGCAGAGAAACCAGUAAAGCUCCUCCAGCGUCCUGCUGCUGGUUCUCAUUUUCCAAUCGCAGAUCCAGACCAAGGUCUCUCCACUCGUGAGAUUGCUUAAAGCCAGCUCAGCACUGGUUGGUGUUAACAAGGGUGGACGUUUACAGCAGCUGUACCAUGAACCAACAACUCAUCAUCUGUUCCAUACCAUCCUCUCAAAUUAAUCACUAUAGGACGACAGGUCAGGGGGGUCACGAGAGGCAGAGAUGAAGAAAGAGAGGGAGGGGGCUGGGAGUGUGGAGGAGUUGACACAGUAUCGGGAGCAAAGGGGAGGGAAAGGAACAGAUGGGACUUGUGAGGAUUAGAGAGAAAUCUGGGUGGUUUUCUGAUGGAAACUCACCCAAGAUGCAGGAGGGUGUGGUGAGGGAGGGACGCACAGAGGAAAGGUGAGGGGGACCGACAUCCACGUCUGAGCAGAGGUGAAGAAAACACCAGGACUCCUGCGUCUCCUGCUCCUCCCGGACACGGUGGUCGUCCAGACAAAGACAGAGACAUGGAGCAUUAAUCUCAUCCACCUAACUCUGCCAGAUUAACACAGAUUACCAGAUUGGUUGGUAGGUUGACCAGACGUGGGCCUGAGACUCUGGACUAAUCGCUCCUUGGCGAGCUCAACCCCUCCCUGAGAGGUGGAGGAGCAGGUUGGAGAACGGGAGGUGCCCUGAGCGCCAGACCCAUUUAGACGUUUAUCUUCAUCCAGAGAGGAGACGACUGGAGAGGAGGUGCGAGUUGUGAUGGGGUAGAGCGGCGGCUUCGUGAGAGGGAAUGUGCGGAGUCAAGCGUCUCGCCUGGCUCGUGCCGUAGCAUCGAGAAGAAGAGAAGAAGAAGAAGAAGAAGAGAAGAAGAAGAACAAGAAGAAGAAGAAGAAGAAGACAUGUACAUGUCAUGAACUACUUUUCUCUGGCCUUCACAUCUGUCUCUUCUUCUUUCUAACUCACUGGAAGUGAUUAAAUCUGCCCACACUUCAUCUUCGUCCUCCGUCCUUUGACCUCCGCUCAUCGCCUGUUGUCUUCCUAAGCCCCCCCCCCCUUCCCCCAUCUCUCCAUCCAUCCUCUGCUCUGUUCUUCUCCUCUGAUCUUUGUUCUACUUCUCAAACGACCCUAAUCCGCUUCCCUCGCUUUCUCUCUCUCUCCUCCUCUUUUCCAUCCUCCAUUAAUCAACCUCAAUCACCACCACAGCCUUUCACGCCCAGCACAUCUUCACUGGUGUCACAGAACCCCCCCUCUCGCCUCUGAUCUGCGUCCUGAUUGGUUUGCGGCCUCUCACGGCCAUUUUUGAACUUACGAAGCCGCAGCCAGGUUCGUCCUGUCUCCAUCUUUCAUCACGUGUCCGUCUUGCGUGGAGAGGCAGCCAUGUUGGAGAACAUGUCCAGACGCAACCGCUCCCUGUUGUCCCUGUCCCUCACCUCCCUGGCCCUCACCCUGUCCGUGUCAGCGUUCUGCACCUCCUACUGGUGCGAGGGGACGCACAAGGUGGUGAAGCCGCUGUGCCUGUCGCCCGUCAAGUUGAAGAACUGUGGACAGAAUGACAGCCAACCAUACACCACAGAGGCCCCCACCCCGGACCCCAAGAACCCCACCUCCAACCUGACGCUGACUCCGCUGCAGAAGGAGGAGCUGGCCAGGAUGAAGAGGAAGCAGCUGGCCAACGCCGUCCACUACAUCUGGGAGACGGGCGAGGACAAGUACAUGCUGCGGUACUUCCACACGGGCUUCUGGCUCUCGUGUGAGAAGCACAAUGAAGGUGAGGAUCAGGUGGAGAAGUGUCGCAGCUUCAUUGAGCUGACGCCAGGAGAAACUCAAGGCGUCCUCUGGCUGUCCGUCAUCAGCGAGUUCAUGUACAUCGGCCUCCUGGCCAUGGGAUUCCUGCUGAUGUGGGUGGAGUCCAUUUGCCUCUGUGCAGGGAGGGAGAUGAACGCCCUGAAGAUCAACGCCUAUGCCGCCAUGUGCACCGUCCUCUCCGGUUUGAUGGGGAUGAUGGCGCACAUGAUGUACACCACCGUGUUCCAGAUGACCGUCAGCAUCGGACCCAAAGACUGGAGGCCACAGAGCUGGGACUACGGAUGGUCCUUCGCAAUGGCGUGGCUGUCGUUCAGCUGCUGCAUGGCGGCCGCCGUGGCGACACUCAACUCCUACACAAAGACCCUGAUCGAGAUGAAGCACCGGGCCCGGGUGCGGCUGGAGGAGGCCCACGCUGCCACCUUAGCCCCUUCCUAUGAGGAGGUCGUCCGAGGAGGAGGCGGCGGCGGAGGGGGAGGCGCUGGGGUUUACUCCGUUAGCCAGCUGAUUCAGCUCGGCCACCAGGGGGUGCUCAUGGACCCAACGUGGCCCAGAGGGGUGGGACCAGCUGUUGGACCUCUGGCAUGUGGAGCAGGGGGAGCGCUGCUAGUUGGUGGAGGAGGGAUUGGAGUUGGGGAAAUGGGAAUGGGAGGAGUGGAAGUGGGAGGAAUGACUUCUAUGGGAGGAGUGGGAGGAAUGACCACCAUGGGAGGAGUCAGAGGAAUGACGGCUUUGGGAGGAAUGACGGCUAUGGGAGGAGUUGGCGUGGGAGGAAUGACUUCCAUGGGAGGAAUGGGAGGAAUGGGAGGAAUGCCUUCCAUGGGAGGUAUGGGACGAAUGGGACGAAUGCCUUCCAUGGGAGGUUUGGGAGGAAUGGGACGAAUGCCUUCCAUGGAAGGGAUGGGAGGAAUGGGACGAAUGCCUUCCAUGGAAGGGAUGGGAGGAAUGGGACUUGGAGGAAAUGGGGUGGGAAUGGGAGUGGGAGCAGUGGGAGGAAUGGGAGUAGCUGGAGAGGGAGUGGGGCGGCUGGGGGACCCUCACGGACUGGUGGUGAUGGAAGGAUGCUGCGUUGAAGGAUGUGAAGACUGCGAACGGGAGAUGGACGAGAUAGAUUACGCUUUGCAGGAGGAGAGAGAGGACUCACUCUGCUGAGACUCUGUAGAACUGUGAUGAACGACACUGGAACCACGCCCACUUUUGUAUAUAUAAAGUUUAACAAUGAUUAUGGCACAUUGUAUUUCUGGACUCUUUGUUUGCAGCAGUUACACACUGAUCUGUCAUUUGAUUUCCUGACCACUAGGUGGCGUAGAGACUCACACAGUGCAACAUUACUUUUCUAUUGUUGUGUCUUUGGCCACCUGAUGAAUAUUCACGUCCCUUGUGGCUCCGGUUUGGUCUCCACCAACUUAAAUAUCAGUGUGUGUAGAUCAGACUCGGGUCGUUUGAGCUUGUUUGAUUUAAAACUGUGACCUGAGCUCUGAGGUGGAGGAGAACUGAGCUGAGGAACCAAAACAAAGGAACAGAAGCUAAAGAGUUGAGUGUUGAUGCUCAUUGGAUUCGCUCUGUUAACGACUGCAGUCGAAAACAAAACCAACUGAAGCUUCGAAUCUUCUCCUGGAUUAAUUUUAAAACAUCAUAUUUUGCUCCACCCUCACAGACCCAGCUCUACCUUUCGAUGUUUCUAAACUAAAUGAUCUAUUUGUUUUAGGACAUUGACGGAAAGAUCAGUGUAAGAAAGGAUUUGUUUCAUUUUUAUAAAGACAGUUGUGAUUGUAAAAUAUGGUUAAAUGUGUUUAAAGGACUCCUGGACAAUCGAAACUCUGAAUCCUGUUGAUAUUUGUAUCGGUACAUUUUCAGUCUGGUUGCAAGACAUCUGCUCAAAUUAUGUUUCUGUGAUAAACACACAUUAUCACAUAUACGAUAAAAAAGAGCAGUUAUUGAAAAUUGAAAACAAUAUUUAUAUGUAAUGAAACUUUAGUGGAUGAUGUGAUAGAGUUUGUGAACUUCACUGCGUUGGCUGUGACUGUGGUUUGAAGUGUUAUUCACAGAUUUUUUUAUUCAGUGUUUGUAUGAACGAGUUUGGUGACAAAUUAAAUCACUGCAUGUUUUA